UGUUUUGUUGAGUUGCGUGCGUGUGUGUGUAGGUAGACCGUGUAGACGUCACAGAUAGACGUCUUGUUUUAUUUCAGAAAAAAAAGUAGCUUUUAAAUCAGAAUAUUGACUGAAACAUUACUUGAAGAACUUGAAGUGCAUCAUAAUAUUCUGAAAUCUUUUUUAGGAUAGGUAUUUAAGAAUUCAGGUCCCAUACUUAGUAAAAAUUAAGGCGAUAAAUGCAUUAAUCAUGCCUCUUACAAAGCGGAAAAGAUUAUCGGAAGAUGAAAAAUUAAUAGAAAAUGGAGAAACAGUAAAUGAAAUUGGACAGAGUGAUAUCAAGGGAGAUGAAUUAAAUAUUGCCGUUUUAUUAUUUUUGUACACUCUGCAAGGUAUACCUUUAGGCCUCGCAGGAGCUGUACCAAUGCUGCUCCAAAACAGAGGAAUAACAUACACCCAACAGGCUGAAUUUAGCUUUGUUAACUGGCCAUUCAGUGUGAAAUUGCUAUGGGCUCCUAUAGUAGAUGCCAUGUUUUGGCCAAAAUUUGGAAGGCGAAAGACUUGGCUAGUACCAGUCCAGUACCUGAUUGGAAUAGUCAUGAUUAUUAUGUCAAGUAGUGUAACGGGAUGGCUUGGUUCUGACACUGAAGCUCCAUCUAUGAUGUACCUCACAAUAUCAUUUCUUUUUCUCAACUUCUUGGCUGCUACUCAGGACAUAGCUGUGGAUGGAUGGGCUCUGACUAUGUUAAAAAGGUGUAAUGUAGGCCAUGCAUCUACAUGUAACACAGUGGGUCAAACUGCAGGAUUCUUCCUAGGUUAUGUGUUGUUCUUGGCCCUGGAAUCUCCAUACUUCUGCAAUAAAUAUUUAAGAAGUGAACCUAUAGAAACUGGUUGGGUUACUCUUUCCAGUUUUCUGUUGUUUUGGGGCUGGAUCUUCAUUAUAACAACAACACUUGUAGCUAUCUUAAAGCAUGAAGCGAAUGAAGGGACUAUAGAGGAGAAUAGAGUUAAGGGAAUGAGUGACAUUGUCGAUGCAUACAAACAAUUGUACACCAUUGUUAAACUACCUGCUGUACGUACAUUAGCACUGGUGUUAUUCACUGCUAAGCUUGGAUUUUGUGCCAGUGAUGCUGUAUCAGGUCUUAAGCUGGUGGAGGCAGGUGUACCUCGGGAAGACCUGGCUUUGUUGGCAGUACCUUUAGUACCAGUACAAAUUCUAAUGCCUGUGAUAUUAGCAAAGCACACUACAGGCCCAAGGCCGCUAUCUCUAUGGUUGCGGGCAUUUCCCUUGCGGCUGUUCGUUGGACCACUUGCAGCGGGCCUGGUAGCCGUCACCCCCGCACUCCUGGGCGACUCCGGACCCUCAUAUUCAUACUUAUUCAUGCUAAUGACACUGUAUAUAUUUCAUCAGACAUGUUUAUACUGCAUGUUCGUGGCAGUGAUGGCAUUCUUCGCGAAAGUGUCGGAUCCAGCCGUCGGCGGCACAUACAUGACGCUUCUAAACACUGUGUCCAAUCUGGGGACCAACUGGCCUAACACCCUCGCGCUGUGGGCCAUUGACCAUCUGACUUUCAAGAAAUGUUCCUUGGCUAUUUUAAGAGAUAACAUGUGCUCGACGCAGCUGGAAACUGAGCACUGUAAAAUGAAUGGCGGGACGUGCGUCACGCGCAUAGAUGGUUUCUACAUAGAGACGGCAAUCUGUAUCGUGGUCGGCUUCGUGUGGCUGCAGUGGGGCCGGCCCACCAUCAAUCGGCUGCAGCGGCUGCCCGCCACCGCUUGGCAAAUCAACAGAUUCAACAGAUAAGACUGACCUACAUUCCGUUACAUCUAUGGCUCAAUCAGGGAAAUACAAUAAGAAACACUUGA